AUGGUGAGCGUUCUGGACGACAUCUCUCCUAUUCUCGAGACUGUAACAUUUGUGGAAGAGCUGCUGAGGACAUCGAUCACGUUCUUCGCCACUUCAUUUUGGCUAGAGCUACUUGGCCGAGGGUUAUUCGAACAGAUAGGCUUGCUGAGUUUUUUUUCAAUGCCAUAUCGUGAAUGGAUUGAGAUCAAUCUACACUCCCCAGAUAGGCUUGCUGAGUUUGUUUUUUCAAUGCCAUAUCGUGAAUGGAUUGAGAUCAAUCUACGCUCCCCAGGUUGGAGUUUCGGGUUUAGGAGACCGAAAGGAGUAUUUCAGGGGCUUUUGUCCUCUCCGACCAUCGUGAACCACCGUGGGAGCUGCCGUGAGAACCGCCAUUACCAUAUAGGAAGCUUCAGACAUUCCGCUGAGAACUGUGGGGCAUUGAAGCAAGGGACCAAGCUAGUUUUUCAUUGCAUGCAGAGUCAAUCAAUGGCUUGGCAUUCAGAUGGAAUGACUAAACUUAAACCUAAACACACAGCCGCUCUACCUCUCCAUCUCCUCUCUUCCACGCACGGCGCUGCAUCUUUCCCUUCUACUCACUCUCGACCUCCUUCUCCGAUAGCCACCGACGAGAGCCUAAACCCAAAGCCUCCCUCUGCUCACCGACCACCGCUAAGGAGCCGGAACAACUACUACUCACGACUGAAGAUCGACGCUCCCUGCUUCGACGAUAGACUAAUAACAAGAACUCAACGACUCCAGUCUACCGCUCCUAAACUCAGGCGAGGCUCACCUCCACCCUUGGCUCCAUUUCACUCGGCGAAGACAGGAUCAGAAAGGGUAUGGGCGCCAAUGGUGUUGUCGAUGUGUUACAGGGUAUGGGCGCCAAUGGUGUUGUCGAUGUGUUACAGGGUAUGGGCGCCAAUGGUGUUGUCGAUGGUGUUGUCGAGCGUGGGUGACAGCCUCGAGGGACUUCCCGUGGGGUGCUCGAGAGGCAUGGAUCUGCUGGAUGCUGUCGGUUCGUGAACAGGACACGUGGAGAGCAGGCUUCACGUGGGCAAUUUGGUUAUGUAAUUCACGUGGGAGGCAUGGAUACUACAACCGGGUCCGGGUUGUAUCCGGGUCAAACUUUGGGCCUGCUCUGUUUUGUGGGCUCGAGUCUGUGCUUGUAAUUAAUUCGGGUUGUA